GGAGGCGCGGGUGGCCGACGAUGCAGCGCUACUUGAAUACGGCUCGAUCACUCUGUAAAGUUCAAGUUCCUCGCUUUGCUUUGCGCAACUGGGCUCCUUUGACCUCCAGUAGAUUUCUCUCUACUGAAGCAGCAGUAGAAGAAGAUGAUGAAGAUGUUGUGGGUUACGUGGAAUACGAUAUGUUCGAUGAGACGUACAUGACCGAGAAGGAGAAAGCAUACAUCAGGAAGAUUGAGCGAGGUGUCGGUGAUCUCAAGAAGUUCGCUGCCGAGACUCCUGUUACUCCAGAAGAAGUGGCCCAGUGCAUCGUGAAUAUGAUCCAAACUCAGCUAGAAGAGAACAUGGAUGUCGUUGAGACCGUGCCUGAACAAGAUUAUGCAACGGCGGUUGACAUUAUCAACCAAGAGAAAAUUAAGCUUGGUCUGGACAAGCUGGAUGUGGAGCCUCGCCGGCAACUAUCUCUCAGGCAGAUGUUCCAGCACGAUUAAGCAGUUGGUUCAGGUUGUUGUGAUAUCUGAUUAAGCCGUUCACGAGACAAUCUGCGGGUAGUGCCGCGAAAGAGUCUAUUUGAGGGACAGCAAGAAUCAGGAAUAAAGUAGAAAUCGC